AUGCUGUCCCCGCGCCUGCUGCGCCCACCAGCAUGCCAAUUGCUUCCAAGGAGCGCUCGCCCAUCCAGAGCUCCAGCAUGCCGUCCCACAGCGCGCGCCUUCCAUGCCUCGGCCCCGCGACAGGAUCCCCUCAUUGACACGCUGCUCUACCUCCCGCACGAGAUGAUAUCGCUGAUACAUGGCGCCGCCCCCUGGUAUGCCGCCAUACCCCUCAGUGCCUUUGUUGCUCGCGGCCUGCUCGUCACCGUGGCCGGAACACGUGCGCGCGCUCUCAUGGCCCGCUACAUUGGCCUGCACCCGCUGCGCCAGGCACUAGCAUUCCAGAAGCGAGACGACAUCUUGAAGCGCGGUGGGUUCCGCACGCCCCAACAAGCCACGCUCGCAGUCAAGAAAGAGGUCAAGGACAUGACGUCGGCAUUGGACAAGAGGUGGAAUGUCACCCUCUCCGGCCAGCUUAGUUGGACGCUGGGGCAGAUACCCAUCUUCUUCGCAAUGGCCGAGACCAUACGGCAGAAAUGCGGCGCCCAGGAUGGCCUGCUGGGCAUGGCAAUGUCUGUACUCAGAGGCGAGCGAACGACAAUGACGACAGAAACUGGCCAAGUCGUAGCGCGAGUGACUCCUUCCGAGUGGUUCGAGCCAUCGCUGGCAACAGAGGGUAUGCUCUGGUUCCCGGACCUGCUUCUUCCAGACCCAACCGGUGUCCUCCCGUUUAUCGCAUCAGGCAUCAUGUUUGCAAACAUCUAUACCUCGAAGAAUACGGUUGAAAACGGUGCCAACUGGCCCAAUCUACUUCGACGGACCUUGCUCUGCGUUUCGCUGCUCAUCGGCCCACUCUGCCAAAACCUGCCUGCGGCUCUUAUGCUGUAUUGGUCAUCGAGCACGGCUUCAGUCAUGCUGUGGAACGUCUGGCUCGACAAAAGGUAUCCUGCGCCACGAGGUUUCAACGCAUGCAAGCGGCCACUGCUCAUGCCACCAACGCCCAUCUCAAAGGCACGGAGAGUGUAAAUACUGUGCCUGUGUUCAAAUUGUAGAAUACUUCCACAAAGCUCACGGGGCAUUCUGAUGAGACUACGACCAUUUGGGAGCUCACCUUGCUCAGAGGUAGCCAACCUCGGCAGUAGACCAAGGGAGCAAGACGCUACAUUUGUGUGCGUAUACUUAUGGUACUCCAUGUUUGGUGUUGCUCUGCAUCUGCCUGUCCAUUCCAUGUGCUUGGGUAUACUUCAGAAGUGUAGUAGAUGCCCAAAAGAUGACGUGAUACCGAGGACAAAUGCUCCCAGCUGUUUGAAGCGACGGCCACGGAAACUAUAUAUAUCUGGUUUUCGAGAAGAU